AAGAUAUUUUCUCACUCAUUCUGAAAACAAAAGAUCUAAUUUUCAACAAACACUUUUCAAUUUAAUAAAUGUUGCGUCUCUUCAGAAGCUGAGGAGAUGGACAUUCUGAUAGAACCGGACUGUUUCAAAGUGUGCCGGAUUUGUAUGGAGAACUGCGAGGAAGAUUUUGUUUGCAUCUACGACGAGUUUGAGGACAUUGUAUUGAGUGAGAUAAUAGCGGAUUUCACGAGUAUCGACAUACACAAGCAGGAUGCGCUGCCGGGGAAUGCGUGCCGUAACUGCGCGGAAUAUAUGGUUAUCGCAUACUACAUCAUACACAAAUGUCGUGAGUCCGAUGCUGCAUUGCGUUCCAUCUUUCGGCACGAAUUGAACUUACGCAACAAGGAACGACACGUCGAACCAGCAGAGACAAGAAGAUUUGCUACCGAAGAUCGGAUUACGAUGGAUUCAUCGGAUUAUGAAUUUCUGCUGGCGGAUGCUUAUGACGAUAUGAUGACGCUUGAAGGUGAUCCCACAUUGCUGCUUGGAGAGCACAAUUUCACAACUUUGACCGUUGGGACCGAUUCAACGGUUGAGCAGCCACUUUCCUCGCAAGUCGUAGAACAGCGAAAUGUAUCACCUUCACAGCAGCAUGAAGAGAAGCCUAGGGCUUCGCUAAAUGCGGCAUGCGAGCAACUACAGGCGAGCAGAGCAAUGAAAACGGUGGCCACUGCUCGCAUCUUUAAUGAGAUCAGCGAAGAACAUUCGAUGUCACCGAUUCUGCCAACAAAAUGCUGCGGAUGUCGGAAAUUGUUUCAGAAUGAGCAAUGUCUGCGAGAGCAUUGUGAAAAUGUACACCUUCCUCCAGAGUGGCGCAACGGGACCAGUUCUGACGAUGCAUCGGGUUUACGGUGCACAGUUUGCUACCGCGAAUUUAGUAACCUUCAGCUACUGAGGAAUCACCAACGUAUGACCAAUCGGAAGUUCGUUUGUCCACGGUGUGGAAAAAGGUUUAUGACGCAGACAAAUCUCGACACGCACAGUAAGUGCCACAAGGACCGGGAAACGCACAAAUGUUGCGGAUGUCGGAUGGAAUUUGAAACAAAGCUCGACCUGAUGCGGCACUCUCAACAAGUACACCAGCAGCAACGUACGGAAGCAGUCGACAAACCAUUUGAAUGUGAAAUAUGCUUCCGACGCUAUCCGACACGCAAGUCACUCGCGACUCAUCAACGAAUGACUCGUCAGUUUCAGUGUCGAAGCUGUGGAGCUGUUUUCAUGAAACAAUUGUUUCUGUCGCUGCAUCUCGAGCGAACUCAUCGACAAGAGGUUGAACAACAACAAAAACAUCAAUGCUGCGGGGGAUGCCGUGGCGAGUUUGCAGAUCUAGAUGCCCUAAGGGAACACUCAAAUCAAAUUCAUGGAAAAGAGGAAGAUCAACAAGAAUUACAAGGAAAUAACAUAGAAACAACUCGGCCUUUCCAAUGCCCGACCUGUCGUAAACGAUUUUCGAGCGCCAUAUACCUGCUGCAACAUCGACAAAAGGUAUUUCGCAAGCGAUAUCCAUGUUCGGUAUGCGGUCGAACGUUCGGUCGGGCAAACGAUCUUUCCAACCAUAGCACAACUCACUCGAACGAGAUGCCGUUCGAAUGUAGUAUAUGCGGGCGGAGGUUUAAAAACAAAACUUACCUCAAAAAUCAUCACAAGCUGCAUGCCAGCGACGCCAAAGAACAUGUCUGUCGCCAGUGUGGUAAGGGCUUCCGUACAAAAGAUCUAUUGAAGACGCACUUGAUAAGCCACUCGGAGGAGCGUAAGCACGGGUGCACAAUAUGUGGGGCUACCUUCAAGCGUCUGCAAUGUCUCAAGAUACACAAACGAGUACAUACGCGCGAAAAGAAAUACGAGUGCACGGUGUGUCGGAAGCGUUACGUCCAAGCCUCAGACUUGAAGCGUCACAUGCUAAUACACAAUCCGGGUGACGAGAGUAAACCUUUUCAAUGCUCAACCUGCUUACGACGCUAUCCACGAAAAGAUUAUCUAAAGGUUCAUAUACGUCGUCAGCAUCCGGAAGAACGGACAGACCACGAUCAAGUACAAAUGCUUCGCGAUGAGAUGGAUCUGUGCCUCACUGUUGCUAAUGUUUCGGAACCAGUAAACGGCAACGUUAGUUACGAUCCAGUUCUCGAUAUUGUGUCUUCAUGAUAAAAUCAUCAACUUAAAUAAUAUUCAGUAACGCGAGAAUAUGUGUUUAAAAUAGCACAUAUUCUAUACAAGAUAUCAAUCAAAUUAUACCUAUCCAAUUUGAUAAAAAUUGCCCGCACGGCCUUAAAACCAUGUCAAACGCUCGUCCUUAGAUCCUCCGUUUGAGCUGCACUGAUUGUAAUCGGUUGCUAUGCGAUAUGGACCCUUACAAUGGUUCCAAUUUUGAGAGCUUAAAAGUUGAAGUUGGUCUUUACUACGGCUCUGUUCGUUCUAAUAAUACAUCACUCUUUUCUUAAGCGAAAAAAAUUGAUGAGCGAACAAUCGAACAUAGCGGUUAAUUGUAACAAUCGCAAAGGUUAAAAGUAAAAGAUGGUUAGUUCGAAUAACUUUUUGAAGAAAACAUAAACAUUUAUAAAUUAUGUUAUAACACCUAUUCAAAGGAAAGGAAAUUUACAAAGGAAAAUCAUCAAUCAAAGGAAAUUUACCAGCAAUUUAGCUUAUUGCUCUUUGUCAAUUGUUGAGAACGCGACGAAAUCCGACCUAGAAUAGAUUAUUUCGAAGAUCGACCAAUCGAGGAAGUUCUACGAAUUCCAAACAAGAACCGCGUGGGUCCAGCCUGCGUCUUAUAAUACAUCACAGGCAAGAAACCGGCAGGUCGUAGCUCCCCCUGUCCGUCCCAAGCCAAAAGAGUAAAUUAAAACAUGGUUUAAGACGGAAACUAAGAUCGGAACAGUUCAGUGUACGCGAAUAACGGAACAACAACAUUAAUAUUCCCAUUUCAUAGGCGUCCGUUGUUACUGGGGAACCUUAAUGUACAAGGGUCAUCCAUUUCGUAGUUUCAAAAAUGGUCUGCGAACCAUGCUGUUCAGAAAUAAAGCUUUUGUCAUUCACUUUUUAUUGUCGAUUUAGACGCCAUAUCGGAGAAAAGCUCAACUCGCCAUAACUGCAGUUAAGAAGUCUUAUGGACUGAUGGAUGAGAUGUGAUAUGAUAUGCAUGCUUUUUGUAGGUUUUAUUGAACUCUUUUGGUAGAUUGAUAUGGGUUUGGUAUUUGGAGAUUGAUUAGAGUUUGGAGAUGUUUACUAUACGUUUAUCAAGUCGUGUUGGUAUUGAUUUCACCCACCCAUCAUUUAAUACGACAAACACGGUCUUUAAUAUCCUUGAUUACUUGAUCACCGUUACUUCGUUUCGUUGAAUAUUUUUGCAACAUAUUUGGUUCGUCUACCAUUUCAACUCACAUUUAUGGCCAUUGGUUAGAUUAGGAUAUUUUAUAGUUAUGCUAUCUCAACAAGAUGAGAAAUCAAAAUGUUUUGUGGAUUCUUCACCACGCGUUUCUUACCCUCAAU